AUGGCUCGUCGCCGAGUAUCUGCCCUUACCGCUGCUCGCAAGAGGUGGGGACCGCUAACCAAGGCAAAAUGGCCUUGUGGGCUCUGUCCGCGGUUCAUGAAGCCCCGUGUCUGCAAGAACCCCAACUCCCCAAACUUCGGGCGUGUGUUUUGCUCCUGCCAUCCCCACAGCCUCAGCGGUGAAGAAGAACAUGCACAAUACUACCGGUUCUGUAACGACCUGAUUGUCGACGGCGAAACCCCACCCACAAGCCCAUCCGCCUCUGAUGACGAAGACACUGAGAGUCUACCGACCCCCACUACCGCUCGCAAUAAGGGAAAACAACGCGCACGGUCCUCCCCUCCACCCCCCCGCAACAAAGGGAAGCAUCGCGCGCAGUCUUCCCCAGCCGUCCCCUGCAGCAAAGGCAAGCAACGUGCUCCCCGUGCAGCCACACCAGGUCCGCGCGCACAGUGCAGCAUCACCUCAUGCACCUCUACUCGUGUCGCGACGGACUGUGAGCAUGGGCGGUGUGCUAAGCACUGCGCAUUCGCCGGAGGUUGCUCCGAACACAAGGCGGUCUCUGUGGACGUUCUUGCGCAGCUCGGACUCACUCCGAGCUCUUCUCUCACUCUCUCUGAUGGGCUGGUCUCGGCUGCUAGCGACUUGGGCUCUGGUGCUAAAUCAUCCUCUGGUGGUGCGUCCUCGCAGGCUAGUAGCUCCCAGUCUAGUCCUAGAUCGCAACGUAUGGCCGCCAUCGCCGCCCUUUUCGCAGAAGACGCAGAGGACGCGGCCCCUCCCUCAGAAGUCCCUCCCCCAGCCUAUGCCAAGCGAGCACGGUCCCCCGAGCCCGCUGGUGCAGAUGACUCGCCUCCACGCAAGGCAGCCCGCCGCCUCCCCUCCGACUGCUUGCGUCCUGAACAUCUGGGCUGUGAAGACUGUGAGCAUUCCUCUGAUGGCGAAUAUGACCGGCUCCUCGCCCGGACGCACGCACAGCUGCAGUCGGACAAGGAGAAACGCUCGCCGUCGUUUGAUCCCCCGGUAUUCAGCCCCGACCUCCACCUGGACCGCCGGUUCCAGCUCGACAUGGCUGCCGCCCUCAAGGCGUCCAUCCUCGACAUGAAGUCCGCAUCUCCGGAUCUGCGCAUCAAUAUGCCGGUUGCAUCUACAUCCUACUCUACUGCCAUGUCGUACAUGACAGCCGACCACCAAGCCCCCGCCCUCCUACUCCCUGCUCGGUUUUCACACACAUCCGCUAUCAUCCUCCCCGCCGUCGCCUCAUCCUCGAAGGGGCCCGGCUCUCUCUUACAUCCUAUCGACCUCACAGCCUCUCCGCCCGCCACCAAGCGCGUGUUCAAGGCUCGUAUUAAGAUCGAGCACGUUGACAUUGAUCUCACUUUGGACAGCGACUAG